AAAAAUCAAAAAAAAUUAGAAAAAAUUGGAAAAAAGUAAAGAAUAUUAAAAAGAAUUAGAAACAAAUUCAGAAUAAAUCUGGGAUGGUGUAACUCUAGUUGCAUAUCAGAAAACGCUCCCAGGGCCAUGGAAAGAUGCGGUAAUUGACAAAUCAAUUAGAAUAGGUGCAUCUUUAUGGUCUCUCUUGUUCAUCUUGACGUGUGUGGCUCCAAGCGCAAAUGACGUUUGCAGGUAACCUCCCAGAUCAGGGAAAUGGCGUACAAGACACAAGGAGUGCCCCAAGCCCAACAGGUUACCUGCAUCUCGGAGGCCUCCAUACAGCUCUGUGCAACAUGGUGCAGCUAUAUAUCAGCUAUUCAAACCAAGGAAAUUAUAUUCUACGCUUAGAAGACACAGAUCAAACAGGACUCGUACCAGAUGCUGCCGGUAAACUCCAAGUGAGGCAAAGAGAAUCUUACUGCGACAGUUUCAAGGUACAAGAAACAUGUUUGGCUGGUGAUUCGACUCGGAGAGGAAAACUGGGUUCAUAAUAACGCCAAGUAUAUCUAUGGAGCAUGACUGUAGGUGCUACAGCAAGACGAGAGGGAUGUAGGCAAGGUGUUGUUGCAUAAUAUCAGUGUCUUUUAUGACUAAUAUAAGCAUGAUGUCUAUUUUGGUUUCAGUUUUUUAUUUCGAAUACAAGGAUGCUCUAAUCAAACGAUCGUAGACUAAUCCAGAGAAGGAGACUGCAACAAUGAGGUUGUACUGGAGGAAAAAUUGCCACCUCUCCUUCAACUUGCAGAUUCGAUUCGCAAAAUCCUGAGUGGAAAAUGGUAAACCGAUUUCUGUGGGCUGUUCAUCCGGUAUCAGCACUUUCUGACGAGCAUCUCCUUACCUGCAACAGGAAAUGUGCUUACACCUGCCGGUUUAUAAUUUGCAAAAUAAUUAUCACACAUGCAUAGCGUCGAAUAAUUGAUGUAUGCGAAUAAGCCCUUAUGAAAUGUAUUCAUCAGUUGUAUUCAUUCGAAUUACUGGCACAACAUCGUAAUAUUGAAAUGAAAAUUAUUCAUCUUGUGAAUGAUAUUGCAAAGUUUUUAAUAAUUAUUUGAAUAAUGCUGAAUGUAUUCCACCUGCAUAACUCAUGAAUAAAUGACAAGCUAUUCUCAAA